AGAUUUCUUUGAAAGAAAAAGCUUUCAGAAGAUGGCAAAAUAUCUUUCUAUACGGUAUACUUUGGUUUUAUAUUUUAUGUGCUAUACAAAUUUGGAGUACGUUUCCUCUCUUUUGUUUCACAACCAUGUUAAUAGCACACAGACCGAAAACAGUUUAGUCUCCACAGAUUCGGCUACGAUACAUCAUCUUCUUGACAAGCAGAUAUCUUACUUGGAGAAAGCAAUGCAACUUCUGGCAGAAAAAGUUACAGAUCUGGAAAAGAAUCGCUCUGAUACUGACACUGAAAUGGUAAAUUUAAAACAAACACUAAGAGCCACUGAAAAAAGACUAUUAUUAACUGAAAAACAGAAUGCAGAACUAUCUCAGAAAUUAAUAGUACUUGAAGACGUGUGUAACAAUACGAGGGGCAAUAAUCAGACUUCAAAUAUUCUGGAAGAGAGACUGAAAAAAAUUGAAAGUGACGUUAGCAACACCGUGAUACUGACGCGAACCUUGGCUGUUAACGGUGAAAGAUAUAGAAACAGAACACUGAAUACAGAACAAAAUGUGUCAACUUUGAAAGAUGAACUUCGAAACAUUCAUUUAUUCUUAAUGGAAGCAAGCUCCAAAUCAGAAAAACUUAAUUCGACUUUGGAAUGGCAUAUAAACAGUACUUCUCUGCAAAUUCAACAAGUAUUAGAUGAAAAUAAAUACGCAAACAACACGAUAAAGCAAAUGGUAUCAGACAUUCGCCAGGGCAACCUUGUCUCACACAAAUUCACAAAUUCAAUCAAUAAGUUGGAAUCGAAUGUUCAAG